UCCGUAAACAUCCCGACGUCACUUCCGCUUACAUACGCAUGAAAAACAAAGCAAACGCUGAAUUUUAUUUCGUAUAAAGCGCUCUUUCCAUUCUAUAGUCGUGUGCUUUCAUCAGUAUUGAAGUUCAGAGAGGCGCUUUCUAAAGCAGGGCUGUAUUAAUAUCCUCAUUAAUGAAGGACCCGAGUGCAGAGACUGAGGUGAUGGAGGAAGCACCUGCUGACCCUAACAAUGAAGAACUUCCACCCUACCUGCGUGAAGAGCCCCCUGAGGACUUGGAGAAAGACCACCCUAAGAAUGAAGCAGGCGUGGUGUGGAGAGUGACAGGCGGGCUGUUCAACCUCACCAGAGGAGCGGUGGGUGCCACCCUUGGGGGAGUGGCCUGGGUAGGCAGCAAGAGCUUUGAGCUGACCAAGACGGCAGUGACGAGCGUUCCCGCCGCUGGAGUGGGAUUGGUCAAAGGCGGCGUCUCCGUGGUAACGGGAGGGGUUGGGGCAGUGGGGUCUGCAGUAGCUGGUAAAGUUACACCAAAGAAAAAAGACAAGUCGGAUUAGACUGCCUCACUCGCUUCCACCCUUUGUUCGAUUCGGUGUGUCUUUCUGGAUUGCUCUCACUUUCAAGAGGGUUGAAGCAGGUGGAAACUUUAUUCAGCCCAUGGGAAAAUUACUGUCUUGCGUUUACCAAAUACAACCCUACUUUAAGUUAAUGUAAAGAACUGCAACACGUUAUAUAAACACACUUUGACCGCUACUGCAGAGGUACAUGAGAUAAUUGGGAUCCUACGCCUUUUGUGUGCUUAUAUGUUUGUGUGUAUUUUGGACUGUCGGCUGAAUCUGUAUUAUUAGUGCGGCAAAAACUAGCUUUGCGACAAAGACCAAUCAAAUGCUGAUAUCAGACACCUCUUUCAUGAAAUUGUCUACUUUUUUACACAAGAAGUGUUGCAUCAGCAGCUAUUCUUAAAAGGAAAACUUGGUUUAAUUGAAUAUUUCUUUAAUAUCAGUUCUCGUGCACACAAAAUUUGCUCUAAUUUCUGUAUUAAAUAUCCAUAAAGAUUCAAGUAUGUAUGAUUGUUCCUCGAAUAUGUUGAUCUUGUUUCAAGCCCAUCUUUGAACACAAUACUGUGAGGACUUGGAAAUUAAGUUGAAGUAUUAAUAUUUAAUGAAUUAAUUUAAUACACAUGACACUAGAUUACCUUUGGUUUAAACUACAUAUUCUCACAUGUUCUUCGUUUUAGUGUUACCGACCACAAUAUGUUUUCUCAAUUUGUUGUAUUAUCAUCAUCAUCACGUUCUCACACGUCACUGGUGUAGAUUACAUUAAUGCAGUCUCCAGUGUAAACACUCCAUUUUGUAAGACAAUGUUUGAGCUGCUUUAAUGUUUGUCUCAUUUUUUACUCUAUUUAUGCAAAAUCAACAGAUGGCAUAUUAUUAUAUUGUCGCAAUGCAUGCUUGAAGCUCUAGUUCUCUGUACAACAUGCUGUUUAACUUACAACAUGCUGUUAAUUGUGAGUAUGUAUUUCAUUUUUUCUUUCUGAUUUUGCUAUUUAAAUACUUUCUGAUAGGUAUCCAUGUCUUGAAGAUGCUGUUACUAUAAACUGGAGUUUUGAGACCAAGUAGAUUUUUGUCUAUAAUAGAACUAUUUUUGCUAAAUUGAUGCUGUAUUCUACAAAUAAAUCAUACUGUAUUUUAGAAAUGCA